AUGGAACCCAAAGAGUUAUCUUUAAGCAACAACACGUACAAAGUAGAUUUGUACAGAAGGAAACAUGAAACAGGGAAAAAAGAAACAGCAGAUUCAAAUUGGACGGUGAGGAAGAGGAAGAGAGGUAAGAAGCUUACAGAGAAUAGUGGUUUUGCCGGCAUUGUCGAGGCCGAGAACGAGGAUUCGAGCUUCCUUGUUACCGAAGAGAGAGGAAAACAAUUUGGUAAACACUAA